UUUUUUUUUUUUGCACAAUUGCAAACCUAUCGGUCAUAAUAUAGCCGCUAUGGUGUCCCCGAGCGUCAACGUCAAAUAAUACUCUGUUCUCGUUUUGAACAUUGGCCACGCAUUGAAAUCUUUGGAAAGCAUGUCUGGGUUUUCUCCUCUGAAGAUUGCAAAAUCUGAGACUCAGGAGGGCCACUUAAAACUAUUCAACAAGAGAGUAUUCUUGCCGAGCUCCUGUAACACUUCCUUGGAACUUCGCUGGCCGACUAGGAGGCGUAGAUGAUGUACGCCGACAUAGAGGGGUAAGGAGCGGUGAGUUAUCGAUCAUCACUCAGACGAUUCCCAACAGGGUUGCCCCUGAUGCAUUUGGUUUUAUAACACUUGAUUUCGCCAGCUGCAGGCUUCCUAUCUACGCCUCUUAACUAUGGGUGCUUAUGAUGACCCCCUCGGAUCCAUUCUCAUUGGGACAUGGAUAUCAUCUUUGCUGUUCAUGCUCAUCAUCCAGGAGACGAUAAGAUAUUACCGGUCGUUCAAGAGAGAUAGCCUGGUACUCAAAACUUUCGUUGGCGUUACCAUCGCAGUGGAUGCAGUCUCGCUCAUUGCUGACUAUGCCGACGUGUAUUUGUACACAAUCACCCACUGGGGGGACAAGGAAUUCAUUCAGAAUCAGUAUUGGCCUGUAACGCUGUAUUUAUCCACCACUGCUGUUACUGCAUUUCUAGUUCAAUGUUUUCUCGUCAACCGAUACUGGAUAUUGACGAGAAAUGUUGUUGUGGCUUCUAUCCUCGUACUGCUGGUCAUCAUAGCAUUCGGUGGCUCUCUGUCCACAGCAAUAAUGCUGACCAUUUAUAAUGCGUACGCUGAUCGACACCACGCCAAAGUCCCUGUGACUUUGUGGCUCACUUCGACCGCAGUGACGGAUAUUGCUAUUGCAACUGUUCUUAUAUGGCAAUUGUAUAACAUGAAAACGUCCUUCAAGGCCACUGAAGGUUUAAUUCAACGUCUCAUGCGAUCCGCUAUGCAGACUGGCUCCACGACAUCAAUAAUCGCGGUUUUGGUUCUUAUUACAUAUCUUGUCAACAACGAGAGCAAUAUUGAAACCGGCUUUGCAUUCAUUCUUGGUCGACUCUAUAUUCUGACUUUGUUGUACAACCUCAACGUCCGGAAAGUCUCCAAGAAGUCCAACGCAGCCUCUUCGGAUCGUGAAUACCGUGUCGAAAGAGCUAACAACCCCACGUUCACGUUUGACGGCAUCCAUGUUCAACACACAGCUGUGGUCCACAUGGACUCGAUCGACGGGGGUUUACCUUCCCCGAGUAUUUAUAAGGCACAGGUAAAAUUUCCACGCAUUAGCGGCUGUCACAGCUUUGCCCUGACUAGACUAUCUCUCUCUUAGGACCUGACACGGACGGACGAUGACAAUGAUAAAAACAAAUCCGAGGGGGGAUCUGAUCGUGACUCUUACGCUGCAAAUUCUGCCGUCGAUGCCUCAAACAGAUGCUGACUGCGGAUAUCUGCAAUUUAACUGUAUCCAUAUUUCGUCUAAACUUUGUCCCCGAUUCCUGUUUUUCUAACUUAUAGUAUCAUCAUUAUAGUUUCAUUUCGAAUGCGUGUGAAUACUACCCGAUUGUAAAAUAUUGCUUUCAGCCGCACAGCGAGG